AUCACAAACAUGGAGAUGAAGAUGGGGAUGACCUUCACGAUCAAGGGCAAAAUCCACAACUGCAUUGACAGCUUUUACAUUAAGCUGGGCCAGGGGAAAGACCUCCUGAACCUUGUUUUUAACCCUCGCUUUGACGAAUCCGCCAUUGUCCUCAACUCGUGGGACGGCACCAACUGGGGACAAGAGCUUCGGGUCGACCAUAUGUGCUUCUCUCCGGGAUCCGAUGUCAAGUUCACUAUGGUCUUCCAGGGAAAUCAGUUCCAGGUGACACUGCCAGAUGGAUAUGUGAUCAGCUUCCCCAACAGAACCUCUGCACUACGUCUCUGCAAAUGGUCUCUACGUCUCCUCCUUUCAUCUUGA